AUGAUUAAUGCCAUUACAAGACAUGAUGAUCGUCACGUAUCUUCAAAUAGACAAAGUUCAUCUGAUGAUAUCUCUAGUGUAUCUUCUGAAAAUUUAUUACCUGUUGAUAAAAGCAACCAACAACCAAAGAUUAAAAGAGAUACUAUACGUGUUUCUCGAAUCAAAAUUAAUGAUCUUAAUAAACAACAAAAUUUAAGAAUUAAAUAUCUUUAUCGACCAAAAGAUAAUAUAGAAAAUUUAUUGAAUGCUAAAAAAAAAUUUACUAUUAAUGAACAUAUCAAAGUAUCUUAUGUAAAAUAUCCUAGUGCUGAUGAUCCAAAUACAAAAAUACCAGUUUUAAGAUCAAAUUCAAAUUCAAGACAAAAAUAUACGGAUCAUGUAAAUGAUUCUCAUCCUAAUAAUAAAAUACCUCAGAAUAUAAAUGGGAAUUUAGUCAAUAGAACAACUAGAAAAAUGACAUCAAGACAAAGUGCAGUACAUGGCAAUCGUACACCAACAGCUGCUCAUAUAAAUCAAGGUUCUAAUCAAAAAAUAAUUGCUUCCAAGCCUAUGAAUACACAGCAACCAACUCAAAUGAAUCAAAAAACAUUGUAUACGUCUGUCAAACAUGUAUCUGACAAAGUCAAAAAAUUAUAA